AUGUUCAAGUUUGCUACUACACGGUUGUACGGUUCUUGCACCCUGUUCAAACUGCUCUUGUCUAUCAAGGCCACUCCGGCCCAGGCUGAUCAAGCUUCCACAGCUGCCAAAGACAAACCCCCUCCAACAACUGCCGACAAUGACUCAUCUGAAGGGGAGGACGAUGAAUCUCAGGAGGGAGCAGGUUCUCUGUCCGGCCCAUUCACGAAGGUGACAAAGAAGAAGGUGAAGAAGAAGAAGACAAAGAAGAAGUCGCUCCUCUCCAAUAACAUAGAGAAUCAUUUUCUCAAAGAUCUAUCCCCGGCACAACGCAAGCCGGCUGAAGCCAAUGACCGCAAACUGCAGAACAAUAUUGAUCGCCAUAAAGCAGGACCACUCUUCUUGAUGAUCCUUCCUGGAGAAAUGGAGGGCUAUGUUGCAAGAAGUACGGUCAGUUAG